AUGGCACGGGCGGUUCCGGUCGUCAUUUCCUGGCCGUUUCCUGCAAACUUCGAGCUGCAAACGGUCAGGAACCUGCUGGAAUCGGCGAAAACUGUGCCGGAAUCGAGAAGAGCUGUACCGGAUCCGACUCAGAUUUCAACGGAUCCAGUCGCCGGAAUGAUCGACCUGGGAACGAUUCUAGAAAAUUCAAAUGAUGCCGACGAACUUUCGAAAUUGUUGGCUGAACGAGCCGGUUCUUAUCUGCUGAUAAAAAACUAUGAUGCCACAGUGAAUGACUGCGAUAAUGCAUUGCGUUUAAAUCAACUGAAUGUUCGUGCAUAUAUACAUAAAACGAAAGCUUUGGUACAAAUGAAGAGAACAUAUGAAGCUGAUAUAGUCAUAAAGAAAGCUCGAACUUUAUUCCCUGAACAUCUAGAAGUGGUACAUUUCCAAUGUGACAUGGCAAACGCGUGGUUUACAGCAGGUCAUGCUGUUCUGAAAAGUUUCGCAUCGCUUGGUAUUGGUAUUUUGGUUGGCCUCAUGGUUAACAAAUUCAGCACGUAUUCUCCAGUAACACAAGGACUGAUCGCUAGUACUGUAACUGCUUUCAUCUUUUUUGUCAAUCUACGUCGCGUGUUGAGAUUUUUUUCUUCUUUUAUAUACACAUCACGUGUACUAUUAUUUCAUUUGCGUAAUCGUCUUAACAAUUGGUUUGCACGUUUGCCGAAUAGUUCAAUAACUACAAAUAUACAAACUGAUACAACAUCUACCACCACAACACGAUUUUAA